AUGGUUGAGUUCAAGGCCGGCAGGACUGAUAUAUUCUACGUGGAUGACCCAACUGGUAAUGUGGUCAUCCAAACUGGCGACUUAGUGAUUGUAGAAGCUGACCGAGGCAAGGAUUUGGGCAAGGUGACAGUCGAUAACUUGACUACCCAACAAGUGUCCAUGCUUCAAGCUCAACAACAAUUCGAGCAGCAAAUGGUCGCGGAUAACGACCCAUCUUCAGGCUCCAGUGUCCAGCGCAAAGACAUUCACCCCAAGCGAAUCUAUCGCUUAGCCCAACCAAACGAAAUAACAUCACUUGUAAACAAAGGUGAAGAUGAAACGAAGGCGAGAUUACUAUGCCAGAACAAAGUGAGACAAAAGAAACUACCCAUGGAAGUGGUUGAUGCUGAAUAUCAAUGGGAUCGACGUAAGCUCACAUUUUACUUCGUGGCGGACCGACGGAUUGAUUUUCGUGAACUGGUGCGCGACUUGUUCAAAAUAUACAAGACGCGAAUUUGGAUGUGCGCCGUCAACUCUAUGGCCAAGACAUAA